AUGAAGCAAGUGAAAGCAAGUUGUUUUAUUGAAGUCAUUGUUAUGUUUUUAUAUGUUAAACUAAGUGGUUUUUUUACCAAAAGACAAAGACCUAAUCCUAAUGAAAGUGGUGAAGAAUGUUCCCAAAUACCAAUCACCAAUCAAUCAAUGCCUUCCGUUUCUAAUCCUAAUGCAACUCCACAAACACAAUGCUCUAACCAACCUAAUGAUAAUGUUGACUUGAAGGAUCUUCCAAAGGACCCGGCGGAUAGGCCAUUGAUUACAAGUUACAAACCAAAUAUAAGAGAUGAUGUAAGAAGAGCAUAUUUGCUUCAAGGACUGUGUCAAGUAAGGGCACAUAAGUUUCCUAAAAAAAUAGGUGAUAGAUUUAGAAGAUUCGUUCCUUCAUGGUUUGAUGACUUUGAUUGGUUGGAAUAUAGUGUGAAAAAGGAUAGUGCAUAUUGUUUAUAUUGUUAUUUGUGUGGGGACCUCAUGGGACAAAAAGGAGGGAGAGAUGCAUUUGUUUCUCAAGGUUUUGAUACUUGGAAUAAAAAAGAUGCAUUUUAG